GUUUAGCUCUGGUCAGAGGAGAAAACGCCUCCGGAGAGAGUGCGUGGUCGACGAGAUCGACGGCGGAUCAGAUUUUGGAUUUAGGAAUUGUAGAUGAGGAUAGUGGGAUUGACCGGAGGAAUAGGCUCGGGCAAGAGCACAGUUUCAAAUCUCUUCAAAUCUCAUGGUGUUCCCGUAGUGGAUGCCGACGUUGUUGCUCGCAAUGUUCUGAAGAAAGGCACGGGUGGAUGGAGGAAAGUGGUUGCUGCAUUUGGGAAUGAGAUCUUGCUUCCUAAUGGAGAAGUCGAUCGAGCGAAGCUGGGGCAAAUUGUGUUUAAUGAUCCUGAUAAGCGGCGGCUACUUAACAAGUUACUGGCCCCUUAUAUUUCAUCUGGGAUUCUCCUGGAAGUAUUCAAGCUGUGGAUAAAAGGUUGUAAAAGAAUUGUGCUUGAUGUACCCCUGUUGUUUGAGGCCAAGAUGGACAAGUGGACUCAUCCUAUUAUUGUGGUCUGGGUUGAUGCUGAGACUCAACUUAAGCGGCUUAUGUCAAGAGAUGGAACGACAGUUGAAGAGGCAGAGAGUAGGAUCAAUGCUCAGAUGUCUCUGGAUCUGAAAAAGACAAAAGCAGAUAUUGUGAUUGAUAACACAGGAUCCCUUGAAGAACUGAGCGAUCACUUCAAAGAGGUAAUACUGAAUGUCAAGGAGCCUCUGACGUGGAUGGAGUUUAUGAAGUCUAGAGAUGGAGUUCUCGCAUCACUCAUCUCUAUACUCUUGGGCAUUGUCGUAUGCUGGAAAGCUUUGUAGCUUUGAAUGACAUUAUAUUACCACACAUUUCAUAAUUCUUCUUGGGCUUAUGGUUAAUUUUGGCUCUCUAUGUGCUACAUGGGUUUUACAUUGUUAAGACAAUGGUAUGAACUUGGAGAUUGUGAAUAUAUCAUAUAUAAAGUGUUGUGGAAUUUAAGCUUUUGUAAGUAUGCUGUCACCGUUAUCAUGAGUGAUGAGGGCUAGUUAUCUAUGUAGGUCUUCAUGAAUACUGGAGUUGUUUCUGAAUUCACCAAAGAAAUUUUACCUGGGUGACUGCAGUGCAGCACAUAUUUUCUA